AAUAAGAACCGUCUUGAAAAUGAGGUCCUUCCUUUUAAACAAUCUUGUAUUUUUUAUGCCACCUCUGGACAAGUCAUACAAAGAUCUGCUAAAACAGGUGUAAAACAAAAAAGAUUGUCGCUGGACAUUUAUAUCAUAGAAAUCAAGAGCUAUAAUAAAGAUAGAAAAGAAAUCAG